CAUUUUCACUCCUACUCUGGCUUCCGGACGCCAAGACAGACCGCUGCCGCCGAAUUUAAAGAGACAGGCAGUAGUUAUUUUAAAUACGAUAAACGGCAACCAUUGUCCCUAGGCUUAUUUUCCGACGCUUCUUCCAUCAGCUUGUUUAUUUCGAUGGCGAUGUUGAAUCCAAGUCGUCGUGAGUAGUCGCUUGUCUGUCAUCACACUCGUCUCUGCUGGGUUUUCCGUCCUUUUGCGUUGAGCCGAGACUGUCCAGCGAGGCAAAGUAGGGUUGCUUGCUGGCAGGCUGGCUUCCCGACCGAGAGGAAGGUUUGUCGGCUAGCCAACAACUGGAGGUACACCGAAGCUUCCCUCUUAAGUUGUGGUAGUGGCUUCCAAGCCUCCUAUCGCCGGGAUAAUGGCGAAGAUUCAGGCACACAGCACCGCCAAGCAAAUAAACCAAAUUCAAGACAAGCCUUACGUUAUAACGCAAAAGCAAGUGCAGCAGCAGCACUUCCAGAAGCUGAAGGUUGAAGAUGCUUUGUCAUAUCUGGACCAAGUCAAAAUUCGCUUUGCAAAUGAUCCUGGAAUAUACAACAAGUUUCUCGACAUCAUGAAAGAGUUCAAGUCACAGAGCAUUGACACACCAGGGGUGAUAAACCGUGUGUCGCAGCUCUUCCACGGACACCCAGACCUAGUCUUGGGCUUCAAUGCCUUCCUACCACCAGGGUAUCGGAUAGAGGUGCCUAAAAAUGGGAUGGCUUUCCUCCAAUCUCCAUUCUCUGCACAGGUCUCUUCGAGCCAACAGGGGAAGAGUUUCACCCCCUCUGUAGUGACCACCCCCUCAGGUAGUGCCUCUGCCGCUCACACUGAAGCCGGACCUGCCCCGUCCACAGAAGUCAAGGCAGCGUCUUCAGAGUCCCUAUCGUCCUCCACCUUGGCCGGACCUGCGGAGCCUCCAAGCAGACUCUCUCUUCCAUUGGCGAACAGAGAGAGCCAGAAUCAGGCAGCCACCUCCUCGGUGUCCCCACCUGCCUCUGAGACAAGCCCCGUGGAGUUUGACAGUGCCAUCAGCUAUGUGAACAAGAUCAAAAACCGGUUCCUAGAUCACCCAGAGAUCUACAGAGCUUUCCUGGAGAUUCUUCACACCUAUCAGAAGGAGCAGCUGGAGGUGAAGGAGAGUCGAGGCAAUCGAGGCAGCAGUGGGAUGACAGAAGAUGAGGUGUUUUCCAAGGUUGCCAGCCUUUUUAAGGGGCAGGAGGACCUACUGGCUGAAUUUGGACAGUUCUUACCGGAUGCCAAGAGAUCACUGUUCACAGGGAGCUCACUGGCAGGAACAAAAGAACAGCUGAAGAGACCAGAGGAAGAGGACACGAUAACCAAACAGAAUAAAAAGAGGCCCAGGCCCAUACUACUGCAACACAUGUCCCCACUACUCAAGAAAAAGAUGAAGUAUUCCUGUACCAAAGAUCAGUCCUUUGCUUCAGUUGGUAAACAUGGAGUCCUACGUGAAUUCUCCUUUUUUGAUAAGGUCCGUCGCCUGUUUAAAAGCCAGGAGGUGUAUGAGAACUUCCUGCGCUGCAUUGCCUUGUUUAACCAGGAGGUCGUUUCAGGAAGUGAGCUGCUACAGCUGGUUACUCCAUUCCUGGGGAAGUUUCCUGAACUGUACACACAGUUCAAGUCAUUUCUGGGGGACAAAGAGCUCUCUCAUGCUGUGUCAGGGCUGUCAGAUCGCUACAUGGAGGGGGGAGGGGGCAGGGAGGUGGAUUAUGCCUCCUGCAAACGCCUGGGGUCCAGCUACAGAGCACUGCCUAAGACCUACCAGCAGCCCAAAUGCAGUGGACGCACAGCUCUGUGCAAGGAGGUGCUGAAUGAUACCUGGGUGUCAUUUCCGUCAUGGUCGGAGGACUCUACUUUUGUCAGCUCAAAGAAGACUCCGUACGAGGAACAGCUGCACCGCUGUGAGGAUGAACGCUUUGAGUUGGAUGUGGUUUUGGAGACAAACCUAGCCACCAUCAGGGUGCUAGAGAGUGUCCAGAAGAAGCUUUCGCGGCUCUCACCUGAGGACCAGGACAGAUUCAGAUUAGAUGACUGUCUGGGCGGGACCUCUGAGGUCAUCCAGCGCCGCGCUGUGUAUCGUAUCUAUGGCGACAAGGCCCCUGAGAUCAUUGAGGGGCUGAAGAGGAGUCCUGCCACCGCUGUGCCUGUGGUCCUCAAGAGGUUGAAAGCCAAGGAGGAAGAGUGGAGGGAGGCCCAACAGGGCUUCAAUAAGAUCUGGAGGGAACAGUAUGAAAAGGCCUACCUAAAGUCACUCGACCACCAAGGAGUGAACUUUAAACAGAACGACAUGAAGGCUCUGCGCUCCAAGAGCCUCCUCAAUGAGAUUGAGAGCGUCUACGAUGAGCGUCAGGAGCAGAGCACAGAGGAGGGUGGUGUUGGCCAACAGGGUCGUAAUGGAUCUGGUUCAGCCUCGUCCAGUGAACCACAUAUGGUGUUCACAUACGAGGACAAGCAGAUCCUGGAGGACGCCGCCUCGCUCAUCAUCUACCAUGUCAAACGCCAGCCCACCAUCCACAAAGACGACAAGGACCACAUCAAGCGCAUCAUUCAGCACUUUGUCCCCGACCUGUUCUUCUCGCGUCGUGGUGAACUCAGCGACACUGAAGAAUGGACAGACGAGGAGGUGGAGCCUGAGGAUGGAGGAGAGAGAGGAGGAGGCGGGGCAGCAGCCGCCACAGGAGGAGGAAAUGGGAAUUCUACUAAUGCAUCAGGAGCAGUGGUGGCCACAGGUCUGUCUCAACCCCCGCCUGCCCAGUCCCAACCCCAGAACCAGACCCAGGUCCAGCAGCAGCUGAAUGGUGAGUCCAGGCGGAGGCGCUGCAGCCCAUCCCAACCUGCAGACACUGAGACCUCCACCACCUCCAGCAGUACCAGCCAGCCCGCAGCCUCUACUGGACCCACAGCGAUGGAGAUGAGUUCAGGCACUGCUGGGGAGAAGGUGGACCUGCGCGACCCUGAAGCUGAGCACCAGAAGGAACUGGAUGGUGUUUACAACCUCUUCUUCGUCAACAACAACUGGUAUUUCUUUUUGCGGCUGCACCAGACGCUGUGUUCACGGCUGCUGCGGGUGUAUCGGCAGGCGGAGCGGCAGCUGCUGGAGCACAGAGCCGAGCAGAGCCGGGAGAGGCUGCUGAUGGCGGAGGGGCGGAGGGAAAAGGCAUGUGACCUCGCCAUGGAGCUCCGCCUCAAGCAGCCCAGUGAGGUGGAGUUGGAGGAGUACUACCCUGCCUUUCUUGACAUGGUUCGCAGCCUCCUGGACGGGAACCUGGACUCUACACAAUAUGAAGACACGCUGAGAGAGAUGUUCACCAUUCAUGCCUAUAUCGGAUUCACCAUUGACAAGGUCAUACACAACAUCAUCCGGCAGUUGCAGCAUCUAGUGAGCGAUGAGGUGUGUCUGCAGGUGGUGGACCUGUACCUGGCUGAGAGGAAGAGGGGGGCAGCGGGAGGAAACCUGUCGUCGCAGUGCGUUCGAGCAGCAUGGGAGACGAGUUACCAGUGGAAAGCAGAAAGAGUCAUGGCUGAGGAGAACUGUUUCAAGGUGAUGUUUAUCCAAAACAAGGGCCAUGUAACGAUGACCAUAGAGCUGCUGGACACUGAGGAGGCCCAGGCCGAUGACCCAUUGGAUGUGCAGUGCCUGUCCAGCUACAUGGAGCAGUUUGUUGGAACAGAGUCCAGUUUGUGUUCACAAGCAGAGGGUUACUUCUUCAAACCUGUAUUUCUGCCAAGGAAUCUGCGUCGUUUCCGUCGCUGGCAGGUGCGACAGGUUGAGGCCAUGCGCUGCAGAAGAGAGUGGCACCGGCAGCUGGGUGUGGAGAAUGCUGGCAGCCUGGACUGUCGCUUCAAACUCAACACCCACAAGAUGGUGUUUGUCAUGAACUCGGAGGAUUACAUGUAUCGCCGAGGGGCGCUGGUCAAGGCCAGGAAGUCACAGCACAGAGUGGCAGUGAGCCAGCAUGAACGCUUCGACAAGUGGCACCAGGGCUGGCUGGCCAAUCACGUCACAGCUUCGGUUGAGCGCUCUGUGCAGAACUGGCUCAUGGGUGAAGAAGAGGAGGACAUGAUCCCUUGCAAGACGACCUGCUUGUUGACCGAGGUGAAGGGCCAGACGGUCAACAGAUACCAAGUUUAUUACAGCGGUAGCAAAGCCCCUGCCUCGCCUUAGAGGGACACACCCUACGCACACACACCUUCACACACACAGGUAAAUGCAUGGACGCACAGGACAUUCAUACACUAAACAGACACCAACAGCUGCAGUCCAGCUGCUCGACUGGCCUCCACACGUUCACUCAUUCACUUCCACUCAUGGAUGAAGGAACACAGUGCAGACUUGGGGCUGUUUUCACCAGUCCAGCGAGCAGUGAGGCGGUGAAUGAGUGCACAGGGAGAGGCGUGACGUGGACAUGAGGGCCAACAUGGACCGCAAAGUCAUUAAUGGGAGCAAAAUGGGCCCGGACCAUUGGGUGAGCGUGAUGCGAUGGCACAAACAGAGCUCAGUAUCGUCACUCUAGCUUCUCAAUGAACUGCACUAUGAUUCAUAAAACUAAUGGACAGAUAUGUCUGAUCAGGUGGCAACUUAUAAGAUCAUAGAGUUUGUUUCAGAAAUGUGAAUGUCUGUUUUUUUUUUUUUUUUUUUUUUUUUUUUUUUUUUUUUUUUUAAGUCAAGUGUAGUUUUUAGCUUCUAAAGCCAGAGAGCCUUUUGCUUGUUGGUUGGUUUCUGCGUGUUUCUAUGGAGAGAUACUGGUAAACGUGUGUAUGUAUGUGUAUCCUGCUCUCCUCAUUUUGUCUGUUUGUAUGAGUACAGGCUGUACAACUAGUUAUUUCAUUCUUACUGUAUGUGCAUAUAUACACAACAGGGAGCCUGUGUUUGAUAUAUGCAUUUCUGAGUUGAUUGAUACAUCUAAAGAUCAUGUGGUUCUUUACAGUGUUUGCUGUCAGCCAACUUGAUGUUUUCAUUUUGUUUUGUAUUUCUCCUUUUUUGUGUUGUAGCUAAACGAGUUAUCAAGGAGUCCUUAAAAUUAAUUGGUUUAAUAUUGAUGAAGCAUUCAGAUUAUGUACCAUAUUCAUGAUUUCACCAAAUGUUUACUUUGCAUUGUCUUUUUUUGCAUACUGACAUUGAAAAUAAAAGCAAAAUAUCAGUGUUAAAAUAGAAUGUAUAACAUUUAUCCUGUAUCAGUUAUCAUGAAUAAACAACCUAGUUGUGACAUUCUUAGAUGGUGACUGCCAGGUCUGUUAUUUAUUGGCUGUAGAAGUAACAGACCCCUUAACUCCAGAACCGCUAUGGGGGCAUUGUUUACCACCAACAGGUCAGGUAUAUCCAUGUGCAGUGGUUCUGUAUUCUUAGUGCUCAACAGACUCAGUGGAGACUCAGUAAAAAAAAAAAAAAAAUUGAGUCAUAACAUGAACGUGUUUUAAUCACCUGUUGGUCUUAGGAUUUGUAAAUAAAGUAUAUUUAAGUGCUUUGCAGGUC